GCACCCCACCACCAAGACCAUUCCACGGUAACUAUCCAACCUCCAAAAUUUCAACACCUCUUGCAAUGGUUUGGUCCCUUUCCGUUUCAACCGUACAAAUUCUACAAAUACCUUCCGUAUCUCCUCAAAAUCAUUUCUCCUGCAUAUCUAACCUUUUCCCACCAGCCAGUCGAAAAUCAUGAUGAAUAAAUGUUAAUUUAUCAAUAACAGCUAUGUCCCACACCUCUUCACACAAUUCUUCCAUCACUAUUACAGCAAGUCAUGAUUAACAAAUCCAUACGGAAUUUAAUAUCUAUAAAGCAGCAUAUGAACAACAUUAACAAAAUAGCAACUAAAAAACAACCUUAGCGCCUUCAGGUUCACACACGCACCCCAGGCUUCCUCAACCUCGGCCCUCCAGGUGUUUUUGGCAUACAACUCCCAUGAUCCCUAGCUAGCAGGACCAGUGAUCAGGGAUGAUGGGAAUUGUAGUCUCAAAACAUCUGGAGGGCCGAGGUUGAGGAAGCCUGCUUUACACCAUGAUUCAUAACCUUUCACUAAAAGAGCAAACUCAAGGGUAUGGGAUGGGGCAGAGCUUAUAGGAAGGGCUGAUGGGAAAUGUAGUCCAAAGAACCCAUAGCCCUCUGGCGGUGGGUUGAGGGGUUGCAUGUGCUUGGCUGAGGCAGGUGACGCCACGGCUGGGUCAGCGGUGAAGCCCGAACGCGGGCCUGCAGGCGACAGCCAUGGCCGGGCGCUUCCUCCGGCUGCUCUUCAGGAGCAAGUAAGGAGCGGGGCGGGAGAAGGGAAAGAGUCAAGAGGUGCCGGCCAAAGCGAAAGGGCGCCGCCGCCAUUAUUCCCUCUCGGGAGGAAGGGGUCGACCAGCCGAACCCGCAGGGGCGAAACGCCCCUUUCCCCCUCUCCUUUUGGGGAAAUUGGUUUCUCCCACCAAGGAGCUCCCUCAGCCUUGGGGACCGUACUAACUAGGCAUGGAAGGGGGGGGGAGAGAAGAGAUAAGCCUGGGAAAAGUAGGGAGAAGUGUGGAAGGUGUACAUUUCAUUUCAUUUCGACCCCUGUUCUCCACCCCGCAAAAACCCAAGUCAUUGCUCCCUAAAUAAACUCAGAAACGAGUUUGCGCUAGAAAUCUAUUAGUCUUGCUAUAUUUCUCCUGGUUGCAAAAAUAGGAAUGUAGGAAGAAAAAGCUCCCCGUUGCAAACAAUGAGGGGUUGUGUGAGUUGGUUUUUUUAUAGCGUAGCUGUAAUAACUGGGCAGCAGCAUGUGACUCCAUUUCAUACUGCAUUGCAUUGCAAUUUUGUUUCCCACUUUUUUCUCCAAAUGAGCCCAAGGUGGCGUUAAAUAGUUCUCUUCCCCCUUCCUCGUUGAACCCUCCACAACAACCCUGUGAGGCAGGCUAGGUUGAGAAGCGGCGACCCAGCCAGAAAAGGCUGCGCCUUGCAAGCAACGCAUCUUUUACCCAUGUAAAAACACACAGAGAAGAACCCUGCUGGAUGAGGCCAAAGGCCCAUGAUAUUCUAGUCCAGCAUCCUGGGAUCACAGCAGCCAAUCAGAUGGCAAGCCUGCAAGUGGGAUGUGAGCGCGAACGGUAUCUGAUCCCCAGGGAGGGCAUACUUUUUUUUUUAUUUAGUGCAUUCUUUCAACCGACGUGGGGAUCCGGGCACAGUCCUUCAAUGGCUGCACUCGUUUCUCUCUGGUCGGGGACAGAGGGUGGUGCUUGGGGGGGAAUUGUCAUCGCGCCACUCCUUGGUGUGUGGAGUACCUCAGGGUGCGAUACUCUCCCCGAUGCUUUUUAACAUCUUUAUGCGUCCCCUCGCCCAGCUUGUCCGGAGUUUUGGGCUGGGUUGCCAUCAGUAUGCCGAUGACACCCAACUCUAUCUGUUGAUGGAUGGCCAUCCUGACUCGGCCCCAGACACACUGAUCAGAUGUUUGGAAGCUGUGGCUGGAUGGUUACGUGGGAGCCGGUUGAAGUUAAAUCCUUCGAAGACAGAGGUCCUCUGGCCGGGACGGGACGAUAUGGGAUUGAGGGGGCAACUCCCAUCUCUUGCGGGGGUGCAAUUAGUGCCAGCACCGUCCGUUAAGAGUUUGGGUGUAAUCUUCGAUACCUCCCUCUCCAUGGAGGUGCAGAUUACAGCUAUAACAAAGGCGGCAUUUUUUCAUCUCCGCCAAGCUAAGCAGCUGGCUCCUUACCUCUCUCGCCCUGACCUAGCCACUGUGAUCCACUGACGGUCACCUCCAGACUGGAUUAUUGUAACUCGCUCUAUGUGGGGCUGCCCUUGAGACUGACCCAGAAACUCCAGCGGGUGCAGAAUGCCGCUGCGAGACUCCUUACAGGGUCUUUGCUGCGAGAUCACAUUCACCCGGUGCUAUACCAGCUGCACUGGCUCCCGGUGGAGUACAGGAUCAGGUUUAAGAUGCUGGUUUUAACCUUUAAAGCCCUAUACGGCUUAGGACCCUCGUACCUACAGGACCGCCUCUCCUGGUAUGUCCCACAGAGGAACUUAUGGUCUUCAAAUAAAAACAUCCUGAAGGUCCCAGGCCACAGAGAGGUUAGGCUGGCCUCAACUAGAGCCAGGGCUUUUUCAGCUGCAGCUCCAAUCUGGUGGAACGCUCUGUCACAAGAGACUAGGGACCUGCGGGACUUGACAUCUUUCCGCAGGGCCUGCAAGACAGAGCUGUUCCACCAGGCCUUUGGUCAGGGUGCAGCCUGACUCCCUCCUUUGGCAAUCUUUACAGAACUUAAGCUUGAUGGUUGCCAUCCAUUGGAUUUUAAUUAAUUUUUAUAAUGAAAUGUUUUUAGAAUGUUGCACUAUUUUAUUGUUGUUAGCCGCCCUGAGCCCAGCUUCGGCUGGGGAGGGCGGGAUAUAAAUAAAAUUUAUUAUUAUUAUUAUUAUUAUUAUUAUUAUUAUUAUUUAUAUCCAAGCUUCGCUCCAAGUCAUGCAAGGUGCUUCCGCUGCCUGCUCCCCAUUUUAUCCUCACAACAAGCCUGCGAGGUAGGUUAGGUUAGGUCAGUGAGUGGCUGAAUAGAGAUUAAAAACCGCUGCCCCCGUCUCCCUGGUCUUAAUCCAGCACUCUAACCACUGCACCACACUGGCCAAUGGAUGCCUACUUGGAAGUAAGCACCAUUGUGUUCAGUGGAGACUUCCUCCCAUGUAAAAUGUGCAUAGACCCUAACUUGGGUCUUCUUUCUUAUGGCGGUGGGCUUUUUUUAAAACAAUAGUUUUAAACGAAUAUAUUUAUUUGACCUGAUUCUAAUAAUCAAAUCUCACCCCCUCCCCAAUAUGGAGCUGCUUUUUUGCGGAAGGGGGGAGAUCACAGAACUGUAGAGUUGGAAGGGAUUCCUAAGAGCUGUCUAAUCCAACCCCUUUGCAGUGCAGGAAUCUCAACAUGCUGCCAUCCAAUUCGAAACCAUACCGGAUUCUGCUUAGCUUUUGCAAACGUGCUAGCAGAUUUUUUUUAUUGCUGGUGGAGGGCAGGCCGCUAUUUCGUCACAAUUCCGCUAGAACUGAGGGUUUCUCCAUUUGCUUUGCUCGUUUGAGCAGCUCCCGCUUUUUGCAGGAGAAAAAGGAUGAAUGGAAGUGGGUAGAUUCCAGUACGAACUCGGAAAGUGAUCAUGCGGAGGGUAGCUUGGACUCCUCUACAUUCCCCCCUCCUCCAUAUCUCUUGCCUCUAAAACAAGAGUGACUGACGGCACAUCCUUUCCCGUCAUUCGCCCCGCCCCCCUCGCGCGCCCAUUGGUGCUUGGGUUGAAAUUCUCCCGCGCGCGAGGGAGGCGGUUAGGCGGGGAGGAAAAAAGCGCGGGCUUUUCUUAUUCAUUCUCCUCAGGAGUAACUGCCUCUCCUUAUCUCCGUUUCUCCCGCCUUUUUGUGUCUCUCUCUCUCUUUCGCGCGCCCAACAUGCCUUGUUCUGAAGCGGACCUCGCCUCUUCCCCCAGCAAGAGGCCAAAGGUCUCCGGCUGCGAGGCGCCCGGCGAGAAACUCCGCUUCUCCAAGCUGUCGGAAAACGCGUCCGCUCCUUCCAAGGGCUCCUCCCGGGCUGCGGGCUAUGACUUGUACAGGUGAGGGAGAGGGCUUUGGCCCACCGCCGCCGCUAAACAAUGGAUAAAUAUAUAUAUGUAGAGAGAGAGAGAGUUCGAAUCCUGCUUGCUUCUCGGAGUUUAAUAUAAAAAAUAUAGUGCUCGAAUCUUGCUUGCUUCUCAGCGGUUUAACAAUAUAAAGAAAUAUAUAGUGCUGGAAUUCUGCUUGCUUCUCAGAGUCCUUUAACAAUGUAUAAAUAGAGAGUUCGAAUCCUGCUUGCUUCUCAGAAUGGUUUAACAAUAUUUUUUAAAAAUAGUGCUUUAAUCCUGCUUGCUCCUCAGAGCGAUUCAGCAAUAUAAAAUAUAUAGUGCUAAAAUCCUGCCUGCUUCUCAGAGUGAUUUAACAGUAUUUUUUUUAAAAAAAAUAGUGUUUGAAUCUUGCUUGCUUCUCAGUGUUUUAACAAUCCUGGAAAGAGCCUUUUUCACUUUUAAGAUCAAGGUGGAGAGAGAGAGUUGCCACAACCCAUUUAUCAAGGUCAGGAGUCGGUGCAUUCAGCCCCACACCUGCUAUUUGUGUCUUGAAGAGGACUGGGUGAAUUAGUGGUGGAUCAGGCUAAGGCAGCCCUGUAUAGGGAAGCUUUUAAAUGUUUGUUUUGGUAUAUGCUGGAAGCUGCCCAGAGUGGCUAGGUCAACUUAGUCAGAUGGGCAGCGUGGAAAUAAUAAAAUUAUUUAUUAAAAAUUUAUUUGGUUUUUCAAAUUAAAUUUUUACAAAGAUAUAUCAGACAUAAAUCAUAAAAAACAAGAUUCCAAGGAAUCUCCUGGGCUUCCACCGUUCCCUUUGUGCGUCCUAUUAUUAAUCAUUUCCUCCUGCAUCUUUUAUGAUGAUCCACAUCUUUUACAUCUCCAUUGUGUCCAGAAUUCACCCUUAAACUACAAGAGAUAUUCCAAUCCUACUAACAAUUUCACAAGUAGGGGUUUUCCAAAUGAAACAAAUCCCAUCCCUGAAUUCCUAGAAUUUUGGCUAAAUUGCUUCUUUCUCCUGCAGUCAUUAGCUAUGGGUCUGUCACAAAAAGAUACUUAUUAUUUAACUGUAUUGUUUUGCAUUUCCUCACAGUGGUGCUUAAAGUGGCUAAUAGCUGGGAGGUCUCCGCACCACCCCCGUAAUUUAGGCACUCCUCAAAACCUGCCUGAGAGACACGGGGUCAUAUAGCGCAAAGUGACUUCAUUUUCAUGUGCCAGGAGGCAGGCUUUAGUGCAAAACAGUAGCGUUGAGCACCCUUUUAGAUUGCUCACCUGGUGUUACUAUCUUUAUACUGCAAUUAUCUAGGACAAUUUUAGUCUUCAAUUUAUUUUAAUUUUUAUUUGCACCCAGGACCUAUCCUUAUCUCCACCUUCCACCAUGCAACCCAAUCAGAAAUGUUUACAGCCCGUACAAUUCCUUGUUUUUCAGAGCUAGAGUGACCAGAUGGAAAAUACCUUGAUGUAUAAAAGGGAAUUUUGACACAUGUGAUUCAUGACAUUCUGGGGCCAAAUGGCAGAGGAAGGCCAUUCCCUUCAGGCAUUGUGAGCUCCCAGAACACCUGGCUGGUUAUGCCUAGAAAUUGAAUGCUGGUCUGAUGGUCAUGCUUAACAAGGCAAUUGGUAUUUCUUCUGGUAAUAACAUAAAUUUGCUUGCUUUUCUAGUGCAUAUGACAUUGAAAUCCCUGCUUCAGGGAAGGCUGUAGUGAAAACAGACAUUCAGAUUGCCCUUCCUUCUGGAUGUUAUGGUCGAGUAGGUAAGUUGCAAAACAGAAAGCUUCUAAUCUUGCAAAUUGCUUCUUAAGACUAUUCUCCUGAGAACUAUGGAAUAAGAAUGUAUAUUCUCUAAGUAUUUCCUGGAAAUGAUCUGCAAAACCUGCAGGAGUACAUUAGUUCUAUAGUCCCUUGUGUUGAAUAAGUACCAUAUUUUUCUGUCUAUAAGGUGACCCAUGUGUAAGACUCCCCCUAUUUUGAGGGACUCAGAUUUAAGAAAAUGGGGGAAGAGGUAUCCGUGUAUAAGACUCCCCCUAAUUUUUGACAUUGUUUUUUAGGAAAAACCCUAGUCUUAUACACGGAAAAAUAAGGUACUUGUGGGUUUGCAGCCUAGGGUAACUUUUUAGUAGCCUCUCUUAAAGCUUUAUUUAGCAGCCAUAUUAAUAAAUUGAUUUAUGUAAAACUAAAUUUGGAACACCUUAAUUUUUAUGUAUCUGAAGCCUGGUUUUUUUGUUGCUUUGCAUUUGGAAAUCUGAUAAUUAUACAAAUACCACCCAUAAAGUCCAGUCCUUAAAUUUGUUGGGUCUGCAAAUACAAUUUUCUCUUUGGAAAUCAGUUAAAGACUUCUUGUCCAGUUACAUAAGUGGUGAAUUGUGAUAGCACCAUGAUCACUAUUUCUAGCUGGUCCAACAAUGCUUACCUCUUACCAGGGACCAGGCCUCUACUUAAGAUUAAAUCCAGGGUUGCCUCCCUUAUUGGUUCCAUGUUAUUAACAGAUCAAGGUUUUGGGAUGUGAUUCUGUAAAACAUUUCAGUGGGCAUUUAGCUUCAAUAAAUGAAAGCAAACUUAGUGUGUGUUUCCUUUUGUAGUUGUCCUGAGCUUAGUACCAGCACAGAAGUGAACUCAUUUGAGUUGCAACUUGCUUCAACACAUCAUUUGUAUUCCAGUCCUUCAAGAAUUUUUGUAUAUGCUUAACGUCCUUGUAUGAUUGCAGUACCUUUUUGCUUAUAUAAAAUGAGUAAUAAACCUACACUGAUGGGCUAAAAUGUUUUUCCCCCAACUUAACUGAAAAGGAUUGCAACAUACUGAAGAAUGUACUGUAGUGGUUUUGUCAAGCAAUGUAGGUUUCUACUGAAGUUGGGAAUAACCACACCAGAUACCAUAACGCUGAACAAGAAGCGUGGAUAGAGCGUUCCUUCUUAAUCCUGGCUACCUUAACCAAGUUAGCCAUGUCCAUAUGUGUCACUUAAUAAUGCUCACUAGUGUGAGUGCAGCCAUGCAAACAAUUAUCCUAAAUGCAAGACAGCUCCCUUAUUAAAGCCAUUUUAGAAGAAGAGGAGGAGUUUGGAUUUGAUAUCCCACCUUUCACUCCCUUUAAGGAGUCUCAAAGUGGGUCCUCCCCCACAACAAACACUCUGUGAGGUGAGUGGGGCUGAGAGACUUCAAAGAAGUGUGACUAGCCCAAGGUCACCCAGCAGCUGCAUGUGGAGGAGCGGAGACGCGAACCCGGUUCCCCAGAUUACGAGACUACCGCUCUUAACCACUAUACCACACUGGCUCUCUUUGUGUUUUAUUUUAUUGCUGAAAGAAACUAUAUAAUGCUGUUAAUUGAAACAUUUUAGAAAUAUUUGUGAAAUGUGAAACUAUUAGUAUUGAACAACUUGCCAUGGAGGUACAUUUUACAAAAAAUUAGUUUUGAUUUUUUGUUUUUAAAAACUAUUUUCCUUUCUUUUUGUUUAGCUCCUCGCUCUGGUUUAGCCGCAAACCAUUUCAUAGAUGUUGGCGGUAAGUCACUUGUUUCUUACACUUUUUAGCACUUGAUGGCUUUAUCACAUACCAGUAUAUGAUAGUAGAAACAUAUAUUAUUGAAAUUGACAGCUGGGUUCACAAGCAGUUGAGACAUCUAAUAUGGCUAAUUUGUAGAUGGAAUAAAUCAGAUCUCUAUCCUAGGUGUUUGCAUCCUCAGUCAAAUGAGGUUUAGCUUCAUGCUACUUUGCAGGAAUAGAAGUUCGCUUCAUAAAACCUUUAACUGGCUUGUUCUAAUAUUAUUUCCACCGCUGCUGCAACUGCCACUCAACACAAGCCUUCAACAAACUACUUUAGCUGUUUCAGUAGAGCAUGAAAUUAACAUGGGUUUGACAUUUAUGCUUCUAUGUGUACCAUAACCCUAGAUUCAUAGCUUUAGUUGCAAAAUACUGCAAAAUCUCAUUACUGUGGUGAUUUUUAGGUAGUCCCUGAAGCAUAUACUCUCAUGAGGCUAUGAGGUGCCCAAAGACCCUGAGGCAUGUUUUACUUCAUAACAUUUUCAACUUAAAGGAAGCACAUGUUAUAUGCAACAUUUGUGUCUUGGGUAUAACGAAAUGGAGAGAAUUUAGUGCUGAAUUACGAGGGGACCAUGUGGAGUUGAGGUGGGAAAUACACUUUAUGCUACAUACCCACAUCUAACUUGGCCCCAUUUUGACCAUUCCAUUUGCAUAUCUUUGUCAUUGCAAUAACUUCACUGGUGGGAAAUCCUUCGAAAUUCUGUUUUCCUCAGCAAAACUUUUAAAACAGCCAGUAAUAAUAUGCAAACUCUGAUAAAGAGUUUCUUAGGAAGUACCAGAUGCUGUGUCUAGAGAGGAGAAAUAUAGAUCUGGAUAAGUAAAGGUGUUUAUUUAAGACAUCAAUUUAGUUUCUAGAAAAUAUCCUACUUAGUACUUACUUGAAUAGUUCAUUAGUGUUACUUCAGCCACACACUGAAUAUUUGGAAUAGCUGGUUCUUGUUAUAUGUAGUCUUUGCAGUUGAAUAAAUUAACAUACCGUAAUUCCAGAGAACUCUUCUAACUUAUUUUAAAUGCAUACAAAUUAAGAAUAAAUUUUGAAUGCUAGUUUAAACAUUACAAAUGAGUUUGACUAUCUCCUGCUUUUCGUUUUGCUCCUGUAUUAAAAUCUUGGGAAAUUCCUUAUGCGUAUGAAUAGUUGAAGGUUAUUGUAAUUCUGAAAAAGCCAUUAUGGAAGUUUCCAUAAUCUGCAUGUGUGUGCUUUUGGAAUGAAGGAUUUCAACAAAAUGUAUAUUGUUAAUCUGGCAGGGAGAGUACAGAUUUUCAUUUUAUUGCUUAAUAUUCUUGACACCCACAAUGAACUGCUGCGGGUUGCACGUUUUCGGGUUACGGACUGCGCCGAACUCGGAAGUACCGGAACAGGUUACUUCCAGGUUUUGGCGCAUGCUUAGAAGCGCCAAAUCACGUCGUGUGCGCAGACGCGGCGGGUUGUGAACAUGCCUCCUGCAUGGAUCACGUUCGCAACCCAAGGUUCCACUGUAUCUGUAUUCUGUUACAUGGUUUUAUUUGGUUUGCUGUUAAAUUCCUUGAGCAGCCCAGUAUUAUCUACUUUAGCUGCUUUGACACAAGUAGAGGGAAAUAGGAAAGAGUUGUCUACUUGUUCUGAACUUCCCUUUCUGUAGCUUUUGCUAAUUUGUAUUAAUACAGUCGUACCUCCGUUUACGUAACCCUCUGGUUAUUUAAACUUCGGGAUGCACGCAUGGGAAACCCGGAAGUAUUUUACUGGGUUUUGCUGCAUGUGCAGAAGCGGUCCUCAGGUUGCGGAAACCUCAGGAUCUGACUGAACCUCCAGAACGGAUCCCGUCUGCAACUGGAGGUACCACUGUACGGUACUGAGAAGACAAGGCUGUUUAUAUAAGAACUACCAGCAGUGGCUCCCUUCACGCCCCUCUUUAAAGUAAAAUUGUAACAAUUCUACACUAUAAAUGGCCUUUAUGACCACUGUUGCUGCAGAAUAGAAUUUGAAACUAACUGCAAGUUUAAGGCUGGAGUUUUGAUAUUGAACCAGUGCUGUUGUAUUAAACCUGGUUAAAGAAAGAAUACUUUAUUAAACUGGAAACAAGUUAUCUGUCCUGAACUCUUCCCUCACAUUCUAUUGUGGUUUGUAAUUUGCCAUUAAGCAAUAAUUGCCUGUUUUGGGUGUAACAUAAAACAGUGGUUUAAAGCAGGUGGGAAACCUGCGCCCUCCAGAUGUUGGAAGACUGCAACUCUUGAUCUUUGGUGGAAGUUGGAGUCCAGCAACAUCUGGAGACCCUGAUUUAAAGAGACUAGGCCUAAAGCAUCAAAGCUAGCCAACAAGGAUGAAGGUAAGCAUGCAGACCCAGUGCCCUUUCUUGUCUUGAGCCAUAAAUGUUACAUCUGAACUAGCCCACUUCAGUGUGAUACAGGUUGCAUCCAAAUCAGUUUCUUAUUUCAAUAUUCAGGUGUUCCUAGCAGUCAAGUAAAAGGUGGAAUUCCUUAAUAAAUGUAUAAUGAAAAACUUCUACUUUCUUACAUUACCCGAUGUUAUAUAUUACAGCUGGGGUUAUUGAUGAGGAUUACAGAGGAAAUGUUGGUGUUGUACUAUUUAACUUUGGAAAGGAACCUUUUAAAGGUAAGAAUUAAACUUUGAAGUGUAGAUAUCCACCUGAACUUUGUAGUUUUUUUAAAAAGCUUUCUCUUUUAUUGUGUCCUUUUUAGAAACAUGUAAACAUUCCAGUCCUCAAUAUGGAAGAUCUAAUGUAGUUUAAAACUUUGAGCUGGUUGCGGCCUUAUUUUAGCCUUGGUGAUUCAUUUACAAAAGGAGUUUCAAUAUGCUAGGGUUGUGUAGUUAGCCUGGUCUGUAUUUUAGAGGGUGACCAUUCUUCCUGGAGUUUAAGAAGCAUCUCCAAGGGAAAGUAAAUAGCAGAACUUCUCUACAGUAUUGCUUUGUGUUUUCAGGUUCAGUAGUCCUCUUGCUUCAGCUAGUGAUGUGAGGUGAGAAUAUCCUCUGCUAGAAUAUUCUAGAGAAUAUUUUCUGCUAGAAAAUUCUCCAGAGAAUAUUCUCCACAAACUGUAAAUUCUAAUAUAAAAACCAGUUUUACAACCCACAUUUAAAAGACAUAGUAAAUAAUAAGUCAAGCUGUGAUAUUGCCAGUGUAAGUAAUGAUUAGUAAUUUUUUUGAUCCAGUUACAUUACUGGGCAUUGUGUCAUUCACCAUUGGAAGUUCUGAGAUGUGAACUACAGAAAACAUUUUUAUUUUAGUUUUAAAAAUGCUAUUCAUUUAAUUUGAUGAACAAUUUAAUUCGUAUGUAUUUCAAGUAUAUGUAAUAGCCCUUUUUCUAUUUUGGUGUGACCUUAUUCUUAGCAAUUCUGUACCCUUGGCCAUACAGUGUUUUGUUUUGUUUUGUUUUUCCAGAAAGUAGCUUUAAUGCUUUAUACAGUACCUAGGCCUAUACAAUUAUGCGUAACUGCAUGUGAGGUGGUCUUGAUUUAAACAGUUGAGGUCUCUUUAUUUUUAUUUUUUGAAUUAUGUGAAUUCACUGUAUUGCCCCAUUGAAUAAAAGUAUAGAUACAGUUUUUGAUUGCCAUCUGAACAAGUUUAUCCAUGACUAAACAUGUAUAUUAACUAAUGAAAAUUCUCUAAUAUUCUCAUUCAUUUAGAAUAUUCUCCAAAAGAUUAUUCUCAAGAAUUUAACAUCACUAGCUACAGCAGCAAAUGACUGCUCCAGAUGUUAUUAAAAAUAUUAGAGUUUGUGGUGAAACAAAACUCCACUUCAAUAAUACAUCUAGUUAAAUACUUAAUCAGAAUAAUACAUAGUGAUGUAUUAAAUUGAAGUUGGAUCACCAAACUUUGAAGAUGAAUGAAGACUGUACCGAGGUACCCGAGUGGUACCUCGGGUUAGAUACGCUUCAGGUUACAGACUCCGCUAACCCAGAAAUAGUACCUCAGGUUAAGAACUUUGCUUCAGGAUGAGAACAGAAAUCAUGCUCCGGCGGCAGCAGGAGGCCCAUGAGCUAAAGUGGUGCUUCAGGUUAAGAAUGGACCUCCGGAAUGAAUUAAGUACUUAACCCAAGGUACCACUGUAAUGGAUUCAAGACAUAGUCUGAUGGAACAGGAUGCAGGCAGCAUUGCUAAGCAAAUUUAGGUCUAGUCAGUGAUUGGGAGGACUGAAUGAGGGUAGAUUGGUUUUAAAUCAGACUGAUUUUAAAUCACGUUUUCUUCUAAAAUUAAUAGUUGGUUCACGCAGACAUGCUAACUGGCUGUAUAGCUGUUAGAACAUUGGUUUACAACCGUAGUGGCGGCUAAUUCAAAACUUUUGAUUACAUAGCUCACAUGUACUGAGUUAAUAUAUAUGCUUAGUAAGGAGCCAUAGAAUUGCAGGAUAAUUUAUACUGUAGUGUUCUUAAAGUGUUGAUACUAUGAAUUCUUAAACCCUUUUUACUUUGGCUUUGAAGUUAAAAAGGGGGACAGGAUUGCCCAGCUGAUCUGUGAGCGCAUCUACUAUCCUGAGCUUGAAGAAGUCCAGGUAAGGAACUUCAAAUACUUUGUAUCCACAGCUGAUUUAUUCUUUUUAAAAGGAAGGAGAGGAAUUAAAUCCUGCUUGCUACUGAAUUAUACUUUAGCACAAGAGUUUGUCAUUCACUAUCCACUGCAUUUUUUUUAAUUUUGUACCUAAACAUGAAAUAUAUUGUGGUGGUCACAUGAUUUUCAAAAUUAUAGAACAAGAGACAAUGACUUUGAGAAAUUAAUCACAUAUCUAUCUUUUAGGUUUUGGAUGAAACAGAACGUGGCUCAGGAGGUUUUGGAUCAACUGGCCAGAAAUAAGGAUAGCUGUUACUUGUAGUAAAUGAUUUCAUUUCCCUUGUUUUUGUAUAGAGCAUUUUU